CUCAAGUAAACCCCCCCUUUUUUCUUCCGGUUCCGCCUGUCUCAGCCUCUAUCUCCCUUUUUCGCCGGCAUGCUCACCGGUUUCGAACUUGAUCGUACCGUUUAACAUCCUCCUAAAUCAUCAAACCCUAAUAAUUGACUCAUCAAUUCUUCAUUACAAGGGUUUAUCGAUCGAAUUUUGCACGCUUACACCCGCGCCGUUUCUUGAAGUGCGAUGGAAGUAGAGGAUUGCAUGAGCAGCGGCGGCGAAGAUUACUAUUGCUCAGAUCGUGACUCGCUCGAUGAUGCCCUCGAGAAUGAAGACUCUGAUUCUCAGUGGGCUCCCCCUAAAGGUUCCUCAUCCAAGGUCAUCACAAAAGAAUCUCUUUUGGCUGCACAGAGGGAAGACUUACGCAGAGUUAUGGAAUUACUGUCUCUAAGGGAACACCAUGCACGGACACUACUUAUACAUUAUCGUUGGGAUGUUGAGAAGAUAUUUGCAGUACUUGUAGAGAAGGGGAAAAUUCGCUUGUUUACAGAGGCAGGUUUGCCUAUGCUCGAGUCUCAUGUUCCGGACUCAUCAGUGUCUACUUCUACAAUGAUGUGUGAUAUAUGCAUGGAGGACUUGCCAUCUAGCGAGAAGACAAAAAUGGACUGUGGUCACUGCUUCUGUAACAACUGUUGGACGGAACAUUUUGUUGUAAAAAUAAAUGAGGGACAGAGUAGACGCAUCCGAUGCAUGGCGCACAAAUGUUUCGCAAUAUGUGAUGAGGCCAUAAUCAGGAAUCUAGUUAGUAAAAGGCAUCCUGAUUUGGCUGAGAAAUUUGAUCGUUUUCUUCUCGAGUCAUAUAUCGAGGACAAUAAAAUGGUAAAGUGGUGUCCAAGUACUCCUCAUUGUGGGAAUGCAAUCCGUGUUGAGGAAGAUGAGUUUUGUGAAGUAGAGUGUUCGUGUGGUAAUCAAUUCUGUUUCAGUUGCUUAUGCGAAGCUCAUUCCCCUUGUUCUUGUGCAAUGUGGGCACUUUGGACUAAGAAAUGUCGAGAUGAAUCAGAAACAGUCAAUUGGAUUACGGUCCAUACGAAACCUUGUCCCAAGUGUCACAAACCUGUUGAGAAAAAUGGUGGCUGCAAUCUAGUGAGCUGCAUAUGUGGACAAGCCUUUUGUUGGCUAUGUGGCGGUGCGACUGGUCGGGAUCAUACGUGGUCAAAUAUCACUGGUCAUAGUUGUGGUCGGUACAAGGAAGACCGUGAGAAGAAAUCCGAGCGUGCAAAGCGGGACCUCUAUCGGUAUAUGCAUUAUCACAAUCGUUAUAAAGCUCAUACAGAUUCGUUUAAGCAGGAAUCUAGAUUGAAGGAGACCAUACGGGAUAAGGUAGCAGUUUUGGAAAGCAAAGAUUCACAGUUACGAGAUUUUAGCUGGGUUACAAAUGGACUUUAUCGGCUAUUCAGAUCAAGGCGGUCACUUUCUUAUUCAUACCCAUUUGCAUUUUAUAUGUUUGGUGACGAGCUGUUCAAUGAUGAGAUGACAAAAGAGGAUCUGGAGAUAAAACAGCAUUUAUUCGAGGAUCAGCAACAGCAGCUUGAAACGAAUGUUGAGAAGCUCUCGAAGUUUAUCGAGGAACCAUUUGAUCAGUACCCUGAUGACCGAAUCAUGGAUAUACGGAUGCAAGUCAUCAAUCUUUCAGUGAUCACCGACACCUUAUGCAAGAAAAUGUACGAAUGCAUUGAGACGGAUUUGUUGGGUUCCCUACAAUUUGGCAUCCAUAACAUAGCUCCGUACUACUCGAAAGGGAUCGAGAAGGCAACAGAACUUACCGUCAGUUGGGCUGCAAAAUCAUGCAACGCCGAUAAACGUCAAAAGCUGGCAGAGCCAACCAAUGGUGGUAUGUCGGAAUCUGAUGGGGCGUCAGGGUCGGGCAGUUCAGAAGAAAGCGGGUUUUCAUCGCAGCAGAAAAGGGCGAGAAAAGAUGGGUUCGGAGAGGGGAUGUUUGAUCUGAAUUUGCCAGCAGAUGUUAUCGACAGAAACUGAAUAGUGUUAUUAAACAACUGUGUAUAGUUGCUGAUCUACUCAAUUCUGUGAAUUCAUCUGCAA